CUCACUCAACUAUUUCCUAGUCCUGCCUCUAGACUUUGUGCGUGGUUUAGUGCGUUAGGAGGGCCGAGGUCGUAAUUGCACAUGACAUCAUUAGACACUGCCCUGACGAGCAGCUAGCAUCGAGCCGUUGGCUGGGCGGGUUUUUUACGUUAGACUACGUGACAGACACUGUCGCAAAACAAGCAGCUGUACGGUUGCAAGUUGACCUAGUUCAUCGUGUACUUGUUAAUUUUUUGCCUGGCCUGGCCUAGCCGUAGGAACUCGCUAUCGAGUCGAAGGUGGGGUCUUGAGGCGCCUCAAGACGUGCUGACCGCGAGCCAGAAGUGAUAGCUUAUCACCAGCAAACAUGAAUGGACACACCAUUCUUCUGCUGCAAACAGCGCCGCAGAAAUCGUCGUGCACUUAUAUCGAGUACCCCUCCACAGCUGAAGCCAUUGAUGGGCUGUGUGCUCUGUUUGAGCGGCGGCUGAAGGAGAUGAACCCUGGGGUCAAGAACAUCACGUAUGACAUCUCAGAGCUGUAUCAGUUCAUGGAAUCGCUUCCUGACCUUACGGCACUUGUGCUCGAUGAGUCCAUCUGUGCAUACGUCCCAUUCGACCGAAAACGGCUCAAGGAGCUUGCAUACCAGCGACUAAGCAAGCUAGCGGGUGUACAAUGAUGGUUAGGCUUGACUUUUGAAUGUCAUUCAUGUGUAAUAGUUGAGUUGUAUGUCUUCAUCUCACACAUUUCAAGACUCACAACAUGCCCUACAAAGAAGUGCAUUCCAUGCACGUACCCUUUUAUUGACAUGUGACUUUGGAUC